AUGUCUCUCCUGAGGGUCCCACAGGAGCCCAGGGCUGACCCCCAGAACCCAAGUCAGACACCUUUCAUCUUCACCAGCAGAGGGCAUCGCAUCCUCCCCGUGGCCGCCCUCGAGGCCCUGCAUCCUGGGGGGCUGGAGGAGCAGCGGGGGCUGGAGCCCCUCGUGGGGCUGGACAAGGAAGGUCUAUGCACACAGGGUUCCUCAUUCAGCUGGCUUCUCCGGAUGCUGAAUGAUGGGAUCUGUCUCGGGCUCACCCUGCGCCUGUGGGACAUGUAUUUGCUGGAAGGGGAACAGAUGUUGAUGCCGAUAACAAGCACUGCCUUUAAGGUUCAGAGGAGGAGGUCUGGCCAGGUGGGCUGGGCAGGGCACAGUGACACCGACCCCAUCCCUCACAUGACCCAGAUGAAAGUCAGGAGUGUGGAAGAAACUAACAAGGAAGCAUUGGGACCUGCCACCCCCAGGGCCCUCAAGGGCACUGGAGGAGCCAGACCCAUUUGUGAGAGCCUCCGCUCCUCCCUGCAAGUACUGACCGCCUCAGAGAGCAGCAGAGGCCCCUCACUCCUGCAGAUUCCUCCAAGGAUGCCAGGACAACAAGCCUUGAGCCAGGGAGACAAGGGAAUCAGUGUCUCAUUAUCUCUACCAUCUCUACCAUCUGGGAGAGGGGGAUGUGGCAGGACAGUAGGGUAAUAGUGGGGAGAGGGUCAGCAGGAAAACAUGUGAACAAAUGUCUCUGUGUCAUAAACAAGGUUAAGGAAAAGGUGCUGUGCUUUGAUGUGCACAUACAUAAAUAUCCCCGUGCAUUAAAGAGCAGUAU